AUGAGCCCCCCCAGAUCGGAAGGUGUCCAAAAUGCUACUGGGGAAGAGCGAAGGGCAAGUACGAGUAGCACCAGAAAGACUGAAGCAACUGGGCCAAAACUGAAAGGAUGCUCAGCUGCAGAUGUGGCAGGAGGUGAAAGGAAAGUCCAAUUCUGUAAAGAACAGUAUUGUAUAGGAACCUGAAACGUAAGAUCUAUGAACCAAGGCAAGUUGGAGGUGGUGAAAGGUGAGAUGGCAAGACUCAACAUCGACAUCUUGGGAGUCAGUGAACUAAAAUGGACAGGAAUGGAUGAAUUUAAUUCAGAUGACCAUUAUAUCUACUACUGUGAGCAAGAAUCUAAAAAAAGGAAUGGAGUAUCCCUCAUAGUCAAUAAAAGUGUGAAAAAUCGAAUCCAAGGCAAACCAUUCAACAUCACUGUAAUUCAAGUUCAUGCCCCAACUACAGAUGCUGAUGAGGCUGAAGCUGACCAAUUCUAUCAAGGCCUACAAGACCUUCUAGAACUAACACCAAUAAAAGAUGUAACGCUCAUCAUAGGGGACUGGAAUGCUAAAGUAGGAAAUCAAAAGAUAACUGGAAUAACAGGCAAUUUUGGCCUCGGGGAACAAAAUGAUGCAGGUCAGAGACUAAUAGAAUUUUGUCAAGAAAACUCGCUGGUCAUAACAAACACACUUUUCCAACAGCACAAAAGACGACUAUACACAUGGAAAUCACCGAAUGGUCAAUACCAAAAUCAGAUUGACUAUAUACUCUGUAGUCAGAGAUGGAGAAGUUCUGGACAGUCAGCAAAAACAAGACCUGGUGCUGACUGUGGUUCAGAUCAUCAGCUUCUUAUUGCAAAGAUACCCUAG